AUGAUAAGUGAAUUUUCACAUUCUUGUCUAGAGAAAAAAUCAGCGAAAGCGACGGCAUCCACCACAACAGGUAAGUAUUGGCGUUGUGACUGUCGAAGGCUUGACCCAACUAACAAAUAUGUCUAAACGAUAAUGUGAAUCAGCGCUGAAUGUAAGUAUAAAUAUAGUAACGUGGCAUAACUUCCCCUAACUUACUCCUUGAAACUCCUGCAAAUCUUUAACUUUAAAUUUAUUACACAUAUGUAAGUAGAAAAGGAACAGACAAACCCUAAACAAAUAGAAAAAAAAAUGUGCAUACUUUUGGUUCUUUGUUCUGGUUUGUUGUUAUUUACCACUUUUGUGAGCAUUGUCAUUAUUAUUACCCACAAGUAUUUGUACAAUUUCCACGUUAGGAAAAUGUUGAAUUUUUAUGGAAUAUGCUAAUAGUGAAUCACUAACUUUGGUUUUGUGUUCCUCUUUAAUUUAGGCUGGAAUGAUGGAUCCCAGGCAUCGACAACUGCUCGGAUCAAAGGACCAUCUACAGCUGUGGCAACAAGUAAAAGCUUAUCCACCCUUUUUUUUUUCGGUUAUUACCAUUUUUAAUAUCUACCUACAAGUAUUUGUACAAUUUUUAUAUGUUAGAAAAACGUUGAAUUUUUAUUUACAAUGCUAGUAGUGAAUUUGUAACUUCGGUUUUGUGUUCCUCUUUAAUUUAGGACUGACUGAUGGAUCCCAGGCAUCGACAACUGCUCCGGUCAAAGGAUUAUAUACAACUGCGACAACAAGUAAAAGCUUAUCCACCCUUUUUUUCGGUUAUUACCAUUUUGAUGCAUGUGAACAUUAUCAUUAUUAUUACCUACAAGUAUUUGUACAAUUUUUAUAUGUUAAAAAAAAACGUUUAAUUUUUAUUGAAAAUGCCUAUAGUUUUGUGUUCCUCUUUAAUUUAGGCAGGAAUGAUGGAUCCCAGGUAUCGACAAGUGCUCGGGCCAAAGGACCAUCUACAACUGCGACAACAGGUAAAAGUUUAUCCACCCCUUUUUUGGUUAUUACCAUUUUUAAUAUCUACCUACAAGUAUUUGUACAAUUUUUAUAUGUUAGAAAAACGUUGAAUUUUUACUGAAAAUGCUUAUAGUUAAUUACUAACUUUGGUUUUGUGUUCCUCUCUAAUUUAGGACGGAAUUAUGGAUCCCAGGCAUCGACAGCUGCUCGGGUCAAAGGAUCAUCUACAACUGCGAUUACAGGUAAAAGCUUAUCUACCCUUUUUUUAGUUAUUACCAUUUUUCAUGCAAAGAUUUAUUGAUUUAUUUAUGUAAUUUUCCCAUGUAAAAUAAAUUCGUACCACACUGUUACUGUGAAUCUGCGCAUCUGGAUAGGCAAUCAUUAAAGCACUGGUAUGAGAUACAGAAAAGAACCUUUAAAAAAAAUAGAAACAAAAAUUUACCAUCAGUUUUUCAACAUCCAUGCGUUGUUCCUUUGUCUGUUCUGUUAUUAGUUACCACCAUUAUUAUCAUCAUCGUUUAAUUGACUUUACAGUAUUUGUAUAAUUUUUUUUAUGAGAGCAACGUUGAAUUUGUAUUGAGAACGCUAACACGUGGAUUUAAUCAAUCAAAAUGAUUUUACUAUUUUUAAAAAGUUGCAUCUGAACGUUUGGUUCCAUUCCUUAUUUGAAACAGCCUCUUCUUUUAUACAUAUCAAUUAUGGGGUCACGUCUGGGAAUACCGUCACUGAAUAUCCCUUGGCAGACGAUGUACAUGCUAGCAAGCCUAACCUGGUUGUGAUUGUUGUGGUGCUACUGGCCAUUUUCAUUCUGUUCCUUGUAGUCGCUUUCGGACUUAUGUUCUUUCGCAGACGUCGGAGCCACGAUAAACAAUGUAAGUACCUUUCACUAUCUUUUCAUUGUUUC